AUGCCGUCCGCUCUUUGGGCCGCGGCAACUGCCGCUGCUCUCACCUCUGUGAGGGCGGCUUCGCUGAGCGACGUGUGCACAACCUCGUAUGCCCAGUCGGCGCUUCCGGCCGACGAUGUCUACCCGGGCAUCACCAUCGACAAGACGUCGGUCCAGGCCGCCAUCACCGCCAACUCGUCCGUCAGCUCCGAGUGGUAUCCUUCGGCCGUCGUCGACUACUGCAACGUCACCUUCGCCUACUCGCACAACGGCAUCGCCAACGACAAGGUCCACGUUUCCUACCUCGUCCCCGCCCCGGACAAGUUCCAGAACCGCUACCUCUCCACCGGCGGCGGCGGCCUGGCCAUCAACUCGCAAGCCUCGUUCAGCCCGUCGGGCAUCAUCGUCGGCGCCGUGUCCGGCAUCACCGACGGCGGCUUCGGCUCCUUCUCCACCCAAUGGGACGAAGUCUUCCUCCUGGCCAACGACACCAUCAACUGGCAGGCCGUCUACAUGUUCGGCUACCAAGCCCACCACGAGCUCGCCACCCUGGGCAAGCAGUUCACCCGCAACUUCUUCAGCGUCCCCGCCAGCUCCAAGCUCUACUCGUACUACCAGGGCUGCUCCGAGGGCGGCCGCGAAGGCUGGUCGCAGCUGCAGCGCUUCGCCGACCAGUUCGACGGCGCCGCGGUCGGGGCGCCAGCCUUCCGCUACGGACAGCAGCAAGUCAACCACCUGACGUCCAACGUCAUCGAGCAGACGUUGGACUACUACCCGCCGUCGUGCGAGCUGGAGAAGAUCGUCAACCUCACCAUCGCCGCGUGCGACCCCCUCGACGGCAACCCGGACGGCGUCAUCGCCCGCUCCGACCUCUGCGCCCUCCACUUCGACAUCAACUCCACCCUCGGCGCGCCCUACUCCUGCGCCGCCACCACCGGCUCCGGCCCCGGCGGCCUCUCCCGGCGGCAGAUGCCCGCCGCCGCCACCCCCGCGCAAAACGGCACCGUCUCCGCGCGCGGCGUGGCCGUCGCGUCGGCCAUCCUCAGCGGGCUUCACGACAGCGCCGGACGACAGGCCUACUUCUCGUACCAGCCGGGCACCAGCUUCGUCGACGGCGCGACGGCGUACGACGACGCGACCGAGACGUGGGGGCUCGACGUCAGCGGCCUCGGCGGCGAGUGGGUGGCGCGGUUCCUGCAGCUGCAGGACGCGUCGACGCUGUCGUCGCUCGCCAACGUCACGUACGACACGCUCGUGGAGUGGAUGAAGCUCGGGCAGGCGCGCUACGAGGAUUCGUUGCAGACGACUUUCCCGGACCUGGCGCCGCUGCGCGACGCCGGCGCCAAGGUGCUGCAUGUGCACGGCGAGCAGGACGAUUCGAUCCCGACGGCGUCGUCGGUGAGGUACUAUGAGUCGGUGAGGGAGAUCAUGUUCCCGGGGGUUGGGUACAACGAGAGUGUCGAGGAGCUGGAUGCGUUUUAUCGCCUGUAUCUGGUGCCUGGGGCGGGCCACUGCGGGGUGAAUUCGAAGCAGCCGAAUGGCGGGUGGCCGCAGACGACGCUGCAGACGGUGAUUGAGUGGGUGGAGGGCGGUGUGGCGCCGGCGACGCUGAACGGGUCGGUGGGCAUCGACCAGAUUUGCAGGUGGCCGCUGAGGCCGCUGUGGUCGGGCAACGGGACGGCGUUCGACUGUGUCUACGACCAGGAGUCGAUCGAUACUUGGAAGUAUGACCUCAGUGCGUUCAACAUGCCGGUCUAUUAG